GGUUAUAUCAAUUCGAGAAAACUGGCCAGCCAUACAGUAAACCAUGUGACGAAAACGGUUGGCCAAAUAAAUCUAGCUAGCUAUCGCAUUUAGACAUGCCGUCUGGUGGUGGCUCAGUCAAUCGUACACAUGGUGAAAGCAGCAGUUAGCAAACAAGCCACAAAAGUAUUCAAUGUGUAUAUUAUAUUGGGCAUCAAUCCAAAAAAACAAUACUUUACAGCGAUACUGUACAAGUAACGGAAUUCCAACUUUUGUUUUCUAAUCGGGGGGGUUCCCCCCGUUCUCUCUUCACCAACGUUAGUUAGCUCACAGUAGCUACCUGAACAUCUGUGGUAUCAUGAAGGUAAACAAAUCAGCAUCCGGACCCCAGCAGAGGUCCAGAAACCCUGCAAAGCAGCAGUGUAACAACAAGUGGUUCAAACGCAGCAGAGUCAUCACCCCAGACUCUCCCAGCACCAGCCCAGGUGCUGCCAUGGCCAAACUAGAACAACAGAUAUCUGCUAAAGCAUCAAUAGCUGCCAACAAGAAGACCGGCCUUAAGCGUUUGAAGAAGAAAGCAAAGGCUGUCUGCUCUAAACAGGUCAAAAACCACGCUGGUGAGAGAACUCAUUUUCAUCCUCUAACAAAGGGAAGGACAGGAUUGAAACCAGAUAGUGACUCAGAGGACUCUCAGGACUGGAGUUCCUUUGCACAGUCUGUUCUUCAGAAUGGCGUUGAGGCUGCUAAUGGUCAAGAGGCUGCAGGAUCCGCCAGAGUUGCAUCUGGCGAGCUGAAUGAGGAGACAUUUCACUAUUGUGCAGAGCGCGACCAUGCCCACAACCGCACAGUGUUGGUCAUGCAGCCAGGCCAGACCUUGUGUUUCCGGGGCAAGUGUCUCCUGACCUGCCUGUAUGGUCGGGUUGAGGUGCUAGGAUUCACUAUUGAGGAGGGUCAGCAGUCGUACCCCUUGUUCUCUCCAUCCUCACAUUGCCCACUCACUAUCACAGCCUUGGGCGACUGCUCCAACCCCAACAAGAACACAAAGGAGGGCCGUCUAGAGGCAAAAGCCACAGUCCGCAAGUACCUGUCAUUAGAGCCCCGGAAGAGGCUGUUAAGCGAGGUGGACUCUGGCUCCUGUGUGAUCCUGCUCGAGCCCCUGGACACCCCUCUCACCCGCUUCCUGCAGAGUCUGCCUGAGCUCAGCGAGCUGUUUGAACUCAGUGCGAAGGACCUCCAGGAUAUGUCGGCCAUGCUGGAUACGCCUCUUAAUGGCACAGGCGUGGUUCCACUUCGCAGCACUACAGAGAGUCUGGUGAUGUCGCGGAGCUACAGGGAUUCUCUCAAAACACUGAUCACUGCCUGUUCAGAGGAGCUAGACGGCUGUCCAGUUAUUCUUGUUUGCGGUCCUCAGAACACUGGGAAGUCCACCUUCAACCGCCACCUUAUCAACACUUUACUGAACCACACUGCAAGUGUGGAAUACCUGGAGUGUGACCUGGGCCAGACAGAGCUGACCCCACCAGGCUGCCUCUCUCUGUCCACCAUCAGAGAGCCACUUCUGGGUCCUCCCUUUACACAUCAGUGCAUCCCAGAUCAUAUGAUCUUCUAUGGACAGUCCAACUGUCAGACUGACCUGGACCGCUAUCUGGAGUCCAUCAAGUCGCUGUGGCGCUUGUACACCAGAGACUCACCCAUAAUCAUCAACACUAUGGGCUGGGUCAAGGGUUUUGGGCUCCAGCUGCUGGUGGAUAUGAUCCGUUUUUUCUCCGUGUCUCACGUGGUGCAGCUGGGCUAUGGGUCGAACACUCAGUGCCCUGCCCUGACGCCUGACGUCCUGCGCUCACUGCAUGGCUGGCAAACACACCCCCCUGCCCAGUCGGCUCUAGGAGAGGACCCUGGGAGCAGCUGUGCCCUUCGCAGCUACACCCACCUUCCCGUCCUGUCGACAUACGAAGGAGCUGGAAAAGCUGGCAAAUCGAGAUACCAGCGCAGUAACGAGCUCAGAGAACUGUGCCUGCUGGGAUACCUGAGCAAGCUGCAGUCCCCAGGCCCUGGCCCUGUCCUACCCAUACACUGCCUCACCCCCUUCCAGGUGCCACACUCUGCCGUGGCUCUCGGUGUGACCCAUUGUGAGGUGGCGCCCAAACACAUCCUCUACGCUGCCAACGCCAGUCUGGUGGGCCUGUGCUGCCUGGGGGAGAGGGUAGCAGGCAAGGGGGGUCCAGUCCUCCUCUCCCAAACCCCCGUCUGCCCCUGUGUUGGCCUUGGUGUCCUUCGGGGGGUCGACAUGGCGCGGGGUCUGUACUUCAUCAUCACCCCUGUGGCCCCCUCUGUCCUGCGGCAGGUCAACUGCCUGCUGUUGGGAGGGGUCUCCCUCCCCCACGCGCUCUUCAAAGAUCAACCUGGCAUCGAGGGAGAGGCCCCCUAUCUGACAACAGACUACAGCUUUGAGCUCGCCGGAGCUGGGAAACUUCAUGUGUACAAGGGACUCACAAGGCCUGGCCACACACAGUUUCCCAGCAAUGCAAAGUGAUUUUUUCUGAGAAGAGUUGACCUCUGAUUUUUUUUUUACCUGUCUUGUUUACUGACUUCCAACACCACAGCAACAGUUGCUGUUGAAUGUACAGAACAAAGGGCGCAAUUCAGGAUCAGAUGUCGGAAUUACUGACUUCAGACAAGCAGCCCAGACCAGACUUUCGUCAAGCUGGCUCUAAUAGGCCAGAUCACUCAUGUAACUGCAUUGGGAUCAUGAAGAUGUUCCUUGUUUUCAAUGCCCUGAAAACAUAUUUUUUAUGGCGAUAUUCAAUACAUACAGUUACAAGUUAUUUUAUAUCUUAUGGACAAUUCCAACAUAUACAGUCAUAUCUCUGUGUUUGAUGUCAAUUGGAGAGACAUUCCAAAGCAAACAACGAUUGUAUACACUGUCAGAAAUUAAAGAUUCGUUGUUGACAAGGUGAA